AUGUUUGAGGAAUCUGUGUCAAUCACUAUACCUUCGAUCUGGGCAUCCAUGAACAGCUGGUUUACUCCUGCUGUUCUCUUUGUUCUCCUCAAUCUUAUGAUUGGUACCAUUGCAAUUACUUCGACUUUAGCCAACCAGAAACAGCACCACAACCAUCAGCACCAGCAAAACUCCCAAAAUGAUCUUCAUCCUCAACAACCCAAGCUUGCUAGAUCACCAUCUAUCCAUGAUUCUAGUUCAAUUGCAAACCAUUUCAAAACCAUCCCAGAUUCAGACACCCAUUACGGUUUUGAACGAACCCAUCAGCCCCAAAGCCUCGGAGAGUCUCACUCCGAGUACAUUUUUGAACAAGCCCAUCAACCACAAAACGUUGGAGAAUCUCACUCCCAAUACAUAUUUGAACAUACCCGGCAAGAGAAGCCGGCGCUGUUCGUGGAACGAGUUCAAGAAAAUCAGACCCAUUACUUUUUUCAACAAUCCCACGAAGAAAAUGAGCAGGGAACCGGAACCCAUUUCGUUUUUCAGCAAACCCACGAGGAGAAUGCUGAAGAAAACGGAAGCCGCUUCCAUUUUGAGCAAGGGCACGAGGAAAAUGGAAACCCUUUGGAUUUUGAGCAAACCAACGAGGAUGAAGUUGAGGACGAAGAAGUGCAGACCUUGGAUGAAGUGUACAGUCAGCUCAAAGGGCGGGGUCAUGUUGGCAGGUCAAAGCCAGAUACUAAGCCGAUCGCCGGUGAUGUUCCGGCGAGGCUACCGACAAAGAUGAAGAAGUCAGCGAGUAUGGAGUCUGCGUUUAAGCACUUGAAGGAGGAGGACAUUGUGGAGGCUCGCCGUCCGGCGACUGUGCGAGAGACGGGUACCAAGUCCACUGAAGGUGACGACGGGUUUGAUGCUAAAUGUGAUGUUUUCAUCAACAAGUUCAAGGAGCAGUUGAUGUUGCAGACGAUGGGUUCUAUCGUUGGAACAAGGAGGUGA